AUGAUCCCCACCGCUCUUUUCACCGUUGUUGCUUUGAUCUCUGGGACGUACGCCUCUAUCGGGCCCGUCGCCAAUAUGCAGAUCGUCAACGCGGAUAUCGCGCCUGAUGGCUUCACCAGAGGCGCCGUCCUCGCAGGUGGGACGUUCCCCGGACCGCUCGUCAAAGGAAAUAUGGGAAACAGGUUCGAGAUCAACGUCAUCGAUCAAUUGACGGACGACACGAUGUUAAGAAGCACUAGUAUCCAUUGGCAUGGUAUCUUCCAGACAGGAACCCCCUGGGCUGAUGGACCGAGUUUUGUUAACCAGUGUCCCAUCGCUGCUAACCACUCGUUUUUAUAUGACUUUACAGUCCCCGAUCAGGCAGGAACAUUUUGGUAUCACUCUCAUCUCUCUACGCAAUACUGCGAUGGUCUACGGGGACCCAUGGUCGUCUACAACCCCAGCGAUCCUCACCGAUCUCGAUACGACGUUGAUACAGAAGCAACAGUUAUCACUCUCGCAGAUUGGUACCACACUCCGGCCCUCGCAGCCGGCCUAGUACCCGUCUUCGAUGCCACCCUGAUCAACGGUAAAGGACGUUACGCGGGCGGCCCCACCUCGGACCUUUUCCAACUGACCGUCGUCAGCGGGCUCCGCUACCGCCUCCGCCUCAUCUCCAUCUCCUGCGACCCCAACUGGGUAUUCUCCAUCGACGGCCACAACCUCACCAUCAUCGAAGCCGACAGCGUGAAUACCCAGCCCCUCGUCGUCGACUCCCUCCAGAUCUUCGCUGGGCAGCGGUAUUCCGUCAUCCUCAACGCGAAUCAGAAAAUUGGCAACUACUGGAUGCGCGCGAGCCCCAACGUCGGUACACAGGGUUUCGAUGCGGGGAUCAACUCGGGCGUUGUGCAUUACGUUGGGGCGGCGUCAGGGGUAGACCCGACAAGCAACCAGACGACGAGCGUCAUACCGCUCGUUGAGACGAAUCUCCAUCCCCUGGCGAACCCCGGUGCGCCAGGAUUGCCUCAAGCUGGAGGGGCGGACGUCUCGCUCAACCUUGCCCUCGCAUUUGACGCUACCAAUUUGGAUUUCACAGUCAAUGGCGUCUCCUUCACUCCGCCCACGGCUCCGGUGCUUUUACAGAUCUUGAGCGGGGCGAGCGCCGCGCAGAACUUGCUACCUUCUGGGAGCGUGUAUACGCUUCCGGCGAAUAAAGUUAUUGAGAUAAGCGUUCCGGCUUUGGCGGUUGGUGGGCCUCACACCUUUGACGUCGUCCGGAGUGCAGGAAGCACAGUGUAUAACUACGCGAACCCCGUCCGUCGCGACGUCGUCUCAACAGGAUCUGGCACUGACAACGUUACUAUCCGCUUCACAACUGACAAUGCCGGACCUUGGUUCUUGCACUGCCAUAUCGACUGGCAUCUGGAGAUCGGUCUAGCGGUCGUCUUCGCCGAGGAUAUCAGCUCUGUUGAAACGAUGGACCCGCCAACCGCUUGGGACCAACUCUGCCCGAUUUACGAUUCCCUCACAUCCGACCAGCUUUGA